CUGUGUUCCUUUGUAGCCAUCACAAUGCGCCUUUAUGAGUCACGUCGCAUUAUCGUUGCAUCUACAGUCAAAAGUGGCCACUCGUCCGUCCAGAUUUAUUGUCAGUGAAAGAAUAUGGAAAUGCGCUGCGCGUUAUGAUCUUUACGAAAAUCCGAGCCGCCGCAAUGUCACUUUAGGUUAAUGACUUUCGAGAAGAGAAAAUAAUUUAGUGAACGUCACGUUCGUUAUCAGGCUAGAUAAGAUAGCGUAACAAGAGGACGGUCAGUUCCCUGUGUAUUCGCCAGUAUUUGUGUACGGUUGCAAUAUUUCGCUCGUUCAGGAUGCAUAAAGGUAGAAUUUUUUUCGACGACGGGGUCUGCAGUGUUCUGUUUUUCUCAAGUGGGAUUGUUUUUGUUACAGCAACCGAGACCCCCGUGGAUGCCACGAUGAAAUCUCCUCCGGCAGUGAGUGACGACUGCGACGAUAUCUUCGGCCCUCCACGUACGUACCCCACGGGGUACUCCCCGCCCAAGAACCGGCCUUCCAUGAUCUCCGCCAAGUACCGCCAGAAGGAAGAACGUCGGAAAGUGCUCAAGAUUAGUCUGAACAAACUCAAGAAGAUCGAGGACCCCGAGUCCAGCCUGUGUCGGUCCGUGCUCAUCAACAACACCAUGAAGCGGCUCCAGAAGGAGGCCCGCGACGAGAAGGUGCAGAAGCAGCAGCUCAACUACCCCCGCUGCUACGACAACGACAACAUCCUCAACAUCAAGAGCGAGUUCGCCAAGAACGAGAAGCGCGAGUUCGAGGAGGCGCACGAGUUCGCGGUGGAGAGCGACUUCGACGCCAAGCUGGCCGAGGAGAUCGUGAGCGUGAAGAACAUGGAGGUGUUCAGCGGGCUGGUGGAGGAGAACCUGGGGCUGGAGGGCGGCUUCGCGGGCCCGGCGCCCGAGGAGAAGGCGGCGCGGAAGCGCUCGUUCGAGGAGAUGGAGGACUGCGACGUGCAGGACGUGCUCAAGCAGCUGUACAUGCCGCCGACGCCGAGGAUGCUGACGUGCAUCGACGACGACGAGGAGGGCGGCGAGGGGGCGGCGCCGCACAAGCGGGCCAAGCUCGAGGAGGGCGACAAGGGUGACUUUAGUGUGAACUUCAUCAAUAAUAAUAUACCGAGUGACUCGAGGUUGAGGUUCGCGGGCCAGAGUGAGACGGACUCGAAUUCUUUCAGUUGCGGGCACGCGUCCAUGUUCAGUGAACUGCAGAACAACGUUUAUCACAAUUUAAUCGCAUCCCUGGAGACGUAGCAAUGGCAGCAGUAUUUAGGCAACGAUUUAAUUACAUGAUUACUGUGAUUGGUUUACUUAAUUUUAAGUAAACCGUGGAGUGGUCGCCGGGUGACGUCGGAGUCGGGCGAGGUGGGUCCGCUCCACCUCGCGCUACAUGCACCUGGCGAUUAUUUUCACGGUAAAUUACGUAAGUUGCGUGAUUUUCCUUAACGCGUUUGCUCUCUCGAUUUCUUAAGAGGUUUCCUCCUCGUCUUAUUUGAGAGCGCCUGUCUGUGAUACUACAAAAUGUUAAAACUUAGAACAAUUCAAGCCUGUAGACUAGAUUAGUACAGUGAGAUGUAGAAAUGCUUGUACAUUGAGGUUUGUCGGAUGUGUAUACCACAAACUUUUUCCUGGCACUCGUAGAAGCAUUUGAAACUUUGUGUCUUUGUGGCUUUAAUAGCGAUUGUCCUGAUUCGCCAUAUCCAUAUCAGGUGAUUUAACGUACAUUUAGAUACAUAUUUUUGACAAGAAAAGGAGCGACAUGAGAAUUUUUGAUAAGAUUUUUGAAUUUUUUAUACCAGCCAGAUACGACGUAUUUUCGACGUAGCACAGUGCUUUAACUCGCGUCUCAUCCCGAAAACCCUUCUGUUAUCGUGCGAACAAGUCAUUCAUAAUGUGUUAAUCUUGAUUUUUAUAAUGUUCUCGUUUUUUAAAGAGUAAUUUGCAUUUUUAAAUUUAAUUAUUAGUGUUUGUGUUAUAGGUUUUGCCAUAUUUUUGUUCUUACGUAAUGAAAUUAUGUGUACAUAAUUAUUAUUACUAUUUUUUUUUCUUUUUUGUUAGCUUAUUUAUGUAAUAUAUAUUUUUCGUUAUGUUAAUUAAUCGAACACUUUUUUAUAUGUUCAGUUAUGGCAUUGGCACAGGAACACUGUUUGUUUUUGUUGCAGGCAAAUCAAAAUUCUAUUACACUAAGACAAAAUUUGUACAUUAUUUUGUUAAGUACCAAAAGUGUUACCCGAGAUUUACCAUUCUUGUAUAAAGAUAUCUUAAUAUUAUCAUAUGAAUUAUUGUAUUGUAUGUACAUUAGGCAUUAUCAGAUUCAGGUAAUGCAAUAAAGUACCUGGAAAAUGA